AUGAAAUCAAGUAAAAAUAAUAAUGAAUCAGGUACAACAAUACUGUGGGGUGAAUUACCAACACGGGAAAAUCAUAAGCAAGAAAUAAUAACACCGGAUAUUAUUGAAAAUAUUUGGCGGCAAGUUUUGGAUGACUGCAGUAAUUCAAAUGAUAAUUUAAAUAAUUAUCAAACUGAACAACCGCCUCAAUUUAUUCAGCUGCCAAUGGAAAAUUCACUUGUACUAAAUACUGUGCAGUUACACAGACAGAAAUUAUCAAUUAACAAUGGAUUAAUUGUACGCGGGGUCUCGACUGUCGACGCAAAAGUGGAGGAACCAAAAAAUCCUUUCAAAUUUUUACCGCCAAGAGAAAAGCGCCCUGUCAAGAAAACCAUCACGUGCAAUUUGCAAUCGGCAACAUGUCGCAGCCUAUUGAAGCACGCGGUCUGCGUAUUAAUCGCUCACAUGGGCUACGAGCAGUCUUCAGACACAGCAAUCGAUACAUUAGUGGACAUAGCAGACAAUUUACUACGUAAAAUUACACUGACAUUUAAAUACGCGUGCGAGCAACCCAACACUGGCUUUCCCGAUCCCGUGGAGAGGAUCCUAGUGGAGGCAGGAAUCGGAAGUGUUGCGGAUAUUCAUAAUUAUUAUCAGAAUUACGUAAUAAAAUACGAGGCCAGAAUGAAAAAAAAAGUCGAGGCGAUGGUUUGUAAGCAACAAUUGGAACUGAGCAGCGCUGCAAAAAUGGAGCUGGAUGAAGUCGUUAACAAACUGCAGUUCGAUGACUUGGAUAAUUUUGUUAACGCAUACAAAGACGUGCCUACUCUCCAGUUACUUGACCCAGAAAUAGGAUUCCCGCCGAGUUUGGACGCUGGGUUCCAGAUGCUACACAGUUUGGAACAAGAUGAACUUAAUAACUUAGAGACUGAAGAAGAUGACACAGAUACAGUGCAGCACAUAAAUAAAAAACAAAAAAAAUAAUUAAGAAAUUUUAUUUAAAAUAAAUUUUCAUUUAACAAAUAUGAAAAUUUUAAACUGUAUUCCAAGUACCCCAUUUCCAAAU